CCGGAGGCGAGGCCAGCCUGAGGCCCGUCGUCUGGGUCCUGGCCGUGGGGUCAGGGUCCCCGCAGCUUGUCCCUGAGGGUCUCUGCUGCUCCGGUGUCGGGGAGCAUCGUGCAGGAGCCUGGGGGUCCACCUGCCCCCUGGCCCCUGCAGGGCCGCCGGCUGGGGUGGGAGCCCAAGUCUCGCGGGAAGGGAGCUGCUGCCCGGGCCUGGCGGCGGCCCUGCAGGAAGGAUGGGCCUGCGGCUGGCCGCUGGGAGUCUGCUGGAGGCCUGUGGCCGCCCCUGUGCGUGCACCACGCUGCCCCCCGGCUGGCACGGCCGCCCCCCGCCCGCUGCCCUGUGAGCGGGGCUCCUGCCAGCGGAGCUCCCAGCUGCCAGCAAGACCGGUCAUGUGGUCGGAGCUUGUGACGGUGGCCCGUGAUCAGAUGGCAAGGACUGGCCUUUAGUCCUCAGUGGUGGUCACCAGAGCGUUCUUCAGGGCCUGAGGCCCAGCUCCUGCCACCAUGUCGGGAUCUACGCAGCCCGUGGCACAGACGUGGAGGGCCACCGAGGCCCGCUACCCGCCCCAUGGCAUCUCCUACCCGGUGCAGAUCGCCCGGCCCCACACGGACGUGGGGUUGCUGGACUACCAGCGCACGCCCCGCGACUACGCCGCCCACCUGUCGCCUGGCCCCGUCAUGCAGCCCCAGAGGAGGAGGCCCUCGCUGCUAUCCGAGUUCCAGCCCGGGAAUGAACGGUCUCAGGAGCUCCACCUGCGCCCCGAGUCCCACUCGUACCUGCCCGAGCUGGGGAAGUCUGAGAUGGAGUUCAUGGAGAGCAAGCGCCCGCGCCUGGAGCUGCUGCCCGAACCCCUGCUGCGGCCGUCCGCGCUGCUGGCCACAGGCCAGCCCAGCGGCUCUGAGGACCUCACCAAGGAGCGCAGUCUGACGGGCAAGCUGGAGCCCGUGUCGCCCCCCAGCCCCCCGCACGCCGACCCCGAGUUGGAGCUGGUGCCCCCCCGACUGUCUAAGGAGGAGCUGAUCCAGAACAUGGACCGCGUGGACCGCGAGAUCAGCAUGGUGGAGCAGCAGAUCUCCAAGCUGAAGAAGAAGCAGCAACAGCUGGAGGAGGAGGCCGCCAAGCCGCCCGAGCCCGAGAAGCCUGUGUCACCCCCACCCAUGGAGUCCAAGCACCGCAGCCUGGUGCAGAUCAUCUACGACGAGAACCGGAAGAAGGCCGAGGCUGCCCACCGGAUCCUCGAAGGCUUGGGACCCCAGGUGGAGCUGCCGCUGUACAACCAGCCCUCGGACACCCGGCAGUACCACGAGAACAUCAAGAUAAACCAGGCGAUGCGCAAGAAGCUGAUCCUGUACUUCAAGCGGAGGAACCACGCGCGGAAGCAGUGGGAGCAGAAGUUCUGCCAGCGCUAUGACCAGCUCAUGGAGGCCUGGGAGAAGAAGGUGGAGCGCAUCGAGAGCAACCCCCGGCGGCGGGCCAAGGAGAGCAAGGUGCGCGAGUACUACGAGAAGCAGUUCCCCGAGAUCCGCAAGCAGCGCGAGCUGCAGGAGCGCAUGCAGAGCAGGGUGGGCCAGCGGGGCGGCGGGCUCUCCAUGUCGGCGGCCCGCAGUGAGCAUGAGGUGUCUGAGAUCAUCGAUGGCCUCUCAGAGCAAGAGAACCUGGAGAAGCAGAUGCGGCAGCUGGCUGUGAUCCCGCCCAUGCUGUACGACGCUGACCAGCAGCGCAUCCGGUUCAUCAACAUGAACGGGCUCAUGGACGACCCCAUGAAGGUGUACCGGGACCGCCAGGUCAUGAACAUGUGGAGCGAGCAGGAGAAGGAGACCUUCCGGGAGAAGUUCAUGCAGCAUCCCAAGAAUUUUGGCCUGAUUGCCUCGUUCCUGGAGAGGAAGACGGUGGCCGAGUGUGUCCUCUACUACUACCUGACCAAGAAGAACGAGAACUACAAGAGCCUGGUGCGGCGGAGCUACCGGCGCCGAGGCAAGAGCCAGCAGCAGCAGCAGCAACAGCAGCAGCAACAGCAGCAGCAGCAGAUGCCCCGCAGCAGCCAGGAGGAGAAGGAGGAGAAGGAGAAGGAGAAGGAGGCGGAGAAGGAGGAGGAGAAGCCGGACUUGGAGACCGACAGGGAGGAGCUGGUCAAGGAGAAGACCGAGGACACCUCUGGGGAGGACAACGAUGAGAAGGAGGCCGUGGCCUCCAAAGGCCGCAAAACUGCCAACAGCCAGGGCCGCCGCAAAGGGCGCAUCACCCGCUCAAUGGCCAACGAGGCCAGCCACGAGGAGGCGGCCACCCCCCAGCAGAGCGCCGAGCUGGCUUCUAUGGAGAUGAACGAGAGCUCKCGCUGGACUGAGGAGGAGAUGGAGACGGCCAAGAAAGGUCUCCUGGAACAUGGCCGGAACUGGUCGGCCAUCGCCCGGAUGGUGGGCUCCAAGACAGUGUCGCAGUGUAAGAACUUUUACUUCAACUACAAGAAGCGGCAGAACCUCGACGAGAUCCUGCAGCAGCACAAGCUGAAGAUGGAGAAGGAGAGGAAUGCCCGGAGGAAGAAGAAGAAAGCCCCGGCCGCGGCCAGCGAGGAGGCGGCCUUCCCGCCCGUGGUGGAGGACGAGGAGAUGGAGGCCUCGGGCGUCAGCGGGAACGAGGAGGAGAUGGCUGAGGAGGYGGAAGCUGUCCACGCCUCUGGGAACGAGGUGCCCAGAGGGGAAUGCAGUGGCCCAGCUACCGUCAACAACAGCUCCGACACAGAGAGCAUCCCCUCCCCCCGCACCGAGGCCACCAAGGAUGCGGGGCAGAGUGGGCCCCAGCCCCCGCCUGCCCUGGGUGCUGCUGGGACCCCCGCUGAGCCGCCCACUCCUCCGCCUGAGGAUGCCCCAGCCCCUGCCCCUGCCCAGCCCACCCCAGCUGCAGAUGCCAGUGGCCCCCCCACGCCCCCACCUGCACCCGCGUCACCCGCGGUGCCCCCUCCUGCGGCCCCCAAGGAGGAGAAGGAGGAGGAGGCCACCGUGGCACCCCCAGCAGAAGAAGGGGAGGAACAGAAGCCCCCUGUGGCCGAGGAGCCUGAGGGGGACGCGGGGAAGAUGGAAGAGUCUGGCUCAGUCCCCGAGGAGCCCGAGCAGGGUGACUGCAAGGAGGAGGCCGAGGAGGAAGGCCAGGACAAGGCCAGGGCUGGGGAGGCCAGCACGGAGGCCGCACCCGAGGGGCCGCUCAAGGUGGAGAAGAAGGAGGGCGGGAGCCGCAGAGCCCCCGCCAAGGCCUCGGGCGCCCCCCAGGACAGCGACUCCAGUGCCACCUGCAGUGCCGACGAGGUGGACGAGCCCGAGGGAGGGGACAAGAGCCGGCUAAUGUCCCCGAGGCCCAGCCUCCUGACCCCAACCAGUGAUCCCAGGGCCAACACGUCACCUCAGAAGCCACUGGACUUGAAGCAGCUGAAGCAGCGGGCGGCCGCCAUCCCCCCCAUUCAGGUCACCAAGGUCCAUGAGCCACCCCGGGAGGAGGCAGCGCCCCCUAAGCCAAGUCCCUCUGCCCCAGCGACCCCGCAGCACCUACAGCCGGAGGGUGGCCCUGCCCAGCCGCCCAGCACCAGUCCUCCAGUCAAAAGCAGGAGCCCUGCGCCUCCCGCCGAGAAGGAGGAGAAGCCUGCGUUCUUCCCAGCCUUCGCAGCCGAGGGCCAGAAGCUGCCUGCAGAGCCCCCUUGCUGGACCUCGGGCCUGCCCUUCCCUGUGCCCCCUCGGGAGGUGAUCAAGGCCUCCCCACAUGCCCCGGACCCCUCAGCCUUUGCCUACGCACCACCUGGUCACCCGCUGCCCCUGGGCCUCCACGACAGUGCCCGGCCUGUCCUGCCACGCCCACCCACCAUCUCCAACCCACCUCCCCUCAUCUCCUCCACCAAACACCCCGGCGUCCUCGAGAGGCACAUGGGUGCCAUCUCCCAGGGAAUGUCGGUCCAGCUCCAUGUCCCAUACUCCGAGCACGCCAAGGCCCCCGUGGGCCCCAUCAGCAUGGGGCUGCCCCUCACCAUGGACCCCAAGAAGCUUGCGCCCUUCAGUGGAGUGAAGCAAGAACAGCUGUCGCCACGGGGCCAGGCUGGCCCACCUGAGAGCCUGGGCGCACCCACGGCCCAGGAGAUGUCUGUGCUGAGAGGGACAUCUCUGGGCUCCGUUGCGGGCGGGAGCAUCACCAGGGGCAUACCCAGCACGCGGGGGCCCUCCGAGAGCCCCAGUGCCUACCGGGGCUCCAUCACCCACGGUACCCCGGCCGACGUCCUGUACAAGGGCACCAUCACCAGGAUCAUCGGCGAGGACAGCCCCAGUCGUUUGGACCGGGCCCGGGAGGACAGCCUGCCCAAGGGCCACGUCAUCUACGAGGGCAAGAAGGGCCAUGUGCUGUCCUAUGAGGGUGGCAUGUCUGUGUCCCAGUGCUCCAAGGAGGACGGCAGGAGCAGCUCAGGGGCACCCCAUGAGGCGACGGCCCCCAAGCGCACCUACGAUGUGAUGGAGGGCCGUGUGGGCAGGACCAUCUCCUCAGCAGGCAUUGAGGGUCUCAUGGGACGCGCCAUGCCCCCCGAGCGGCACAGCCCCCACCCCCUCAAGGAGCAGCACCACAUCCGCGGCUCCAUCACCCAAGGGAUCCCGCGGUCCUACGUGGAGGCCCAGGAGGACUACCUGCGCAGGGAGGCCAAACUGCUGAAGCGCGAGGGCACGCCACCCCCGCCACCGCCACCCCCGCGGGACCUGGCUGAGGCCUACAAGACCCGGCCCUUGGAGGCCCUGGGCCCCCUCAAGCUGAAGCCAUCCCACGAGGGCCUGGUGGCCACCGUGAAGGAAGCGGGCCGCUCUAUCCACGAGAUCCCCCGCGAGGAGCUCCGGCGCACCCCUGAGCUGCCCCUGGCCCCACGGCCACUCAAGGAGGGCUCCAUCACCCAGGGCACCCCGCUCAAGUACGACACAGGCUCGUCCUCCACGGGCUCCAAGAAGCACGACGUGCGCUCCAUCAUUGGCAGCCCUGGCCGGACCUUCCCACCUGUGCACCCGCUUGACGUGAUGGCGGACGCACGGGCUCUGGAGCGUGCCUGCUACGAGGAGAGCCUGAAGGGCCGGCCGGGCGCUGUGGGCAGCUCCGGGGGCUCCAUCACCCGUGGGGCCCCGGUCAUCGUCCCCGAGCUCGGCAAGCCACGGCAGAGCCCCCUGACUUACGAGGACCAUGGGGCACCUUUCACCAGCCACCUGCCCCGCGGCUCACCCGUGACCACCAGGGAGCCCACGCCUCGCCUGCAGGAAGGCAGCCUGUCCUCCAGCAAGGCGUCCCAGGACCGGAAGCUGACCUCAACACCCCGCGAGAUCGCCAAGUCCCCGCAUAGCGCGGUGCCCGAGCACCACCCGCACCCCCUCUCCUCCUACGAGCACCUGCUGCGCGGCGUGAGUGGCGUGGACCUGUACCGGGGGCACAUCCCGCUGGCCUUCGACCCCACUUCCAUACCCCGCGGGAUCCCUCUGGACGCAGCCACUGCCUAUUACCUGCCGCGACACCUGGCGCCCAACCCCACGUACCCACACCUGUACCCGCCUUACCUCAUCCGCGGCUACCCGGACACAGCGGCGCUGGAGAACCGCCAGACCAUCAUCAACGACUACAUCACCUCGCAGCAGAUGCACCACAACGCRGCGGCCAGCGCCAUGGCCCAGCGCGCGGACAUGCUGAGGGGCCUCUCACCCCGGGAGUCCUCCCUGGCGCUCAACUACGCCGCUGGCCCGCGAGGCAUCAUCGACCUGUCCCAAGUGCCACACCUGCCUGUGCUGGUGCCCCCGACGCCAGGCACCCCGGCUGCCGCCAUGGACCGCCUAGCCUACCUGCCCACAGCGCCCCCGCCCUUCAGCAGCCGGCACAGCAGCUCCCCACUGUCCCCAGGAGGUGCCUUGACCAAGCCGACGGGCACAGCCUCGUCAGAGCGGGAGCGAGAGCGAGAGCGGGAGCGGGACAAGUCCAUCCUCACGUCCACGGCGACCGUGGAACACGCGCCCAUCUGGAGACCCGGUACAGAGCAGAGCAGCAGCGGCAGCGGCAGCGGUGGCAGCGGGGGUGGGGCCAACAGCAGCCGUCCUGCCCCCCACCCUCAUGGCCAGCAGCACUCGCCCAUCUCCCCUCGGACCCAGGACGCCCUGCAGCAGAGACCCAGCGUGCUGCACAACACGGGCAUGAAGGGCACCGCCACCCCUGUGGAGCCUAGCACGCCCACGGUCCUGAGGUGGGCCAGGUCCACCUCCACUUCCUCGCCUGUCCGCCCAGCUGCCACAUUCCCGCCCGCCACCCACUGCCCGCUUGGAGGCACCCUCGAAGGGGUCUACCCCACCCUCAUGGAGCCUGUGUUGCUGCCCAAGGAGGCCUCCCGGGUGGCGCGGCCUGAGCGGCCCCGUGCGGACACCGGCCAUGCCUUCCUCCCCAAGUCCCUGGCCCGUGAGCCUGCCUCCUCCCCCGGCAAGACCUCCGAGCCCCGGCCCCUCGCGCCCCCCAGCUCCAGCCAUGCGGCGGCCAUCGCCCGCACCCCAGCCAAGAGCCUCGCAGCCCAGCACGCCAGCCCGGACCAGCCGGCGCCGUCCGCCUCGGCCUCGGACCUGCACCGGGAAAAGACUCAAAGUAAACCCUUUUCCAUCCAGGAAAUGGAGCUCCGCUCUCUGGGGUACCACGGUGGGUACAGCCCCGAUGGGGUGGAGCCCGUCAGCCCAGUGAGUUCGCCCAGCCUGACCCAUGACAAGGGGCUCCCCAAGCACCUAGAGGAGCUGGACAAGAGCCACCUGGAGGCCGAGCUGCGGCACAAGCAGCCAGGCCCCACGAAGCUCGGCCCUGAGGCUACCCACCUCCCACACCUGCGGCCGCUGCCUGAAAGCCAGCCUGCCUCCAGCCCAUUGCUCCAGACUGCCCCUGGGGUCAAAGGUCACCAGCGGGUGGUCACCUUGGCACAGCACAUCAGUGAGGUGAUCACGCAGGACUACACCAGGCACCACCCGCAGCAGCUCAGCGCACCCCUGCCCGCCCCCCUCUACUCCUUCCCCGGAGCCAGCUGCCCCGUCCUGGACCUGCGCCGCCCACCUAGUGAUCUCUACCUCCCACCCCCAGACCACGGCGCCCCAGCCCGCGGCUCCCCCCACAGCGAAGGGGGCAAGAGGUCUCCAGAGCCAAGCAAGACGUCAGUCCUGAGCACCGAGGAUGGCAUUGAACCUGUGUCCCCACCAGAGGGCAUGUCAGAGUCAGGGCACCCCCGGAGUGCCGUGUACCCCCUGCUGUAUCGGGACGGGGAGCCGGCAGAGCCCAGGACGGGCUCCAAGUCCCCAGGCAACACCAGCCAGCCACCGGCCUUCUUCAGCAAGCUGACUGAGAGCAACUCGGCCAUGGUCAAGUCCAAGAAGCAGGAAAUCAACAAGAAGCUGAGCACGCACAACCGGAACGAGCCGGAAUACAACAUCGGCCAGCCUGGGACGGAGAUCUUCAAUAUGCCUGCCAUCACUGGAGCAGGCCUUAUGACCUCUAGAAGUCCGGCCGUGCAGGAGCACGCCAGCACCAACAUGGGGCUGGAGGCCAUUAUUAGAAAGGCACUCAUGGGUAAAUAUGAUCAGUGGGAAGAGCCCCCGCCACUCGGCGCCAAUGCUUUUAACCCUCUGAAUGCCAGUGCCAGCCUGCCCGCUGCCGCUAUGCCCAUAACCGCUGUUGACGGACGGAGCGACCACACGCUCGCCUCGCCAGGUGGUGGUGGGAAAGCCAAGGUCUCUGGCAGACCCAGCAGUCGAAAAGCCAAGUCCCCUGCCCCGGGCCUGGCGUCCGGGGACCGGCCACCUUCUGUCUCCUCGGUGCACUCGGAGGGAGAUUGCAACCGCCGGACGCCACUCACCAACCGUGUGUGGGAGGACCGGCCCUCAUCCGCAGGUUCCACGCCUUUCCCCUACAACCCCCUAUUCGUGCGGCUGCAGGCGGGUGCCAUGGCUUCCCCGCCCCCGCCCGGCUUCCCUGCGGGCAGUGGGCCCCUCGCCGGCCCCCACCACGCCUGGGAGGAGGAGCCCAAGCCGCUCCUGUGCUCGCAGUACGAGACGCUCUCCGACAGCGAGUGAGCCGGUGGGCACGGUGCAGGUCCCUGCCUGCAGCAAGACGGCCCAGGAGGCAGACAGGUGGCUGCAACGCACCCCACCAAGGAAGGAGCCCCGAGUCUGCCCGCACGUCCGUCCGUCCGUCCGUCCGUCUGUCCACCCGGAGCUGGCAUCCUGCCUGUCUAAAGCCUUAACUAAGACCCCCCACCCCGGCUGGCCCUGCACAGUGACCGUACUCAGGGCACGUUCACCUGGUGCUCGGGAGGGGAGGGGAGGGCAGCAGGCUGGGGAGGGGACACAGUGAGCGCAUGGUGACCACAAGCACGCAGCCGGGGUGACCAGGGACCUGAAAGAGGAUGACCAGGCGCCUCUAUGCCACUGCCUCCCCUUUCUCCAUUUGGAACCAAAGUCUAAACUGAGCUAGCCCCCGCCCCCAUCCCGCUUAGCGCUCGGGACAGACGGACGGGCACUGUCCAGCCUGCAGCGCUCUGUCAGUCCCCACAGGCUGCCCCACAAGACUGCUGGGAACCACGUCAGACCAGGCGGGGGACGAGAGGGCUGGGCGCGGCCUGGGGCAGCAGAACCACAGGACCUGGACGUGGCCCUCCUGCCCGCCGGGGGGGCGGGGGGCGGGGCAACGUGUUGGUUUACAGGGUAUAUUUUUGAUACCUUCGAUGAAUUAAUUCAGAUGUUUUAUGCGAGGAAGGACUCACCCAGUAUUAUGCUGCUGUGCUUUCGAUCUCCGCUUACGUUGGGGAGCGUGCAGGCCGACCACCGGUGACCCCUCGUCCACGGGACCCGGGGCGGGCCGCCGGCUCACAGCCGCCACGCCCUCCAUCCCUCCCUUCCUUGGGCAGAACGAGUUUGAUGCGUGUUCUGUGGCCACCAUCUGCGCAUGGUGGUGGCCUUCUGUCAUUUACACACGUUGUUCUAAUUAAAAAGCGAAUC